AUUACGCUCCUCCUUCCCAGCGCCGCUAGUUUGUUGCUAGGUAGAGUGACGUCACGAGUUUCGGUGACAGCCUCUCUCAGGUUUGUUUGUUGGAAUCGGCCUAAGUACUCGGUAUAAUCCGCCUAAAUCCUACGUUUUAAGGCUUCCCGGGAGCGCGGAAGUGAAAGGAACACAGAGAGCGCUCUUUGAUCUAUCGUACCGGCACUAUUUUAUGCUCCCUAGUAGUGGAUGGAAAACGUAAAUUGAUGGUGAAAAGUGCCCCGGGCUUUAGAGACUGAUAGCUGGGGAAGGAGGAAAGGGCCUGCACGGCAGGAUGGAGUUGAGAGUCGGAAACAGGUAUCGGUUGGGUCGAAAGAUCGGCAGCGGCUCAUUCGGUGACAUAUAUUUGGGCACUGAUAUUGCAGCGGCAGAAGAAGUUGCUAUCAAACUAGAAUGUGUGAAAACCAAACAUCCUCAGCUUCAUAUUGAGAGCAAGAUCUAUAAAAUGAUGCAAGGAGGGGUGGGGAUUCCAACAAUAAAAUGGUGUGGCGCAGAAGGAGAUUACAACGUCAUGGUCAUGGAAUUACUAGGACCAAGUCUUGAAGACCUCUUUAAUUUCUGCUCCAGGAAAUUUAGUUUAAAAACUGUUCUUCUUCUUGCUGACCAGAUGAUCAGCCGAAUUGAAUACAUUCAUUCCAAAAACUUUAUCCAUCGGGAUGUGAAGCCUGACAACUUUCUGAUGGGGCUUGGAAAGAAAGGCAACCUAGUGUAUAUCAUUGAUUUUGGGCUGGCCAAAAAAUACAGAGAUGCUCGCACACACCAGCAUAUACCAUAUCGUGAAAACAAGAACUUAACUGGAACAGCUCGCUAUGCAUCUAUUAACACCCACCUUGGAAUAGAACAAUCACGGAGAGAUGAUUUAGAGUCUCUUGGAUAUGUUCUUAUGUACUUUAACCUUGGUUCCCUCCCAUGGCAAGGGUUAAAAGCUGCCACCAAAAGGCAAAAGUAUGAACGUAUCAGUGAAAAGAAGAUGUCCACACCAAUAGAAGUUCUCUGUAAAGGCUAUCCAUCUGAGUUUGCUACAUACCUGAAUUUCUGUCGGUCCUUACGUUUUGAUGAUAAGCCAGACUAUUCUUACUUACGACAACUCUUCAGAAAUCUCUUUCACAGACAGGGCUUCUCUUAUGACUACGUGUUUGACUGGAACAUGCUAAAAUUCGGUGCAAAUCGUGCAGCUGAAGAUGCUGAACGUGAAAGGAGAGAAAGAGAAGAGAGACUUCGGCACCCACGGAACCCUGCUGCAAGAGGCUUGCCCUCAACUGCUUCCGGCAGACUGCGAGGCACUCAGGAAGUAACGCCAUCCACUCCACUUACCCCAACUUCACACACUGCAAACACCUCUCCUCGACCCGUAUCUGGAAUGGAACGUGAGAGAAAAGUCAGUAUGAGAUUGCAUCGGGGUGCUCCAGUUAAUGUCUCUUCCUCUGAUUUAACUGGCAGGCAAGAAACCUCACGCAUGUCAACUUCUCAGAAUAGCCUUCCUUUCGAGCAUCCUGGUCAGUAAGAGCUCACCUCGAUCUUGGUUGAAGGCAGCUCUAGAUACCAAGUCGAGUGGCUUCCAGUGGUCUUCCAUCAACAGUACACCGAUGAACACAUUCCUCACACUGGGCGGAUAUUGCAUGGCUGAUCUUUCAUUGGCUUCACAAGCAAACAGUAUAAAAAAAUACUCAAAAAAAAAAAAGUUAAACUUUAAAGAGAAGGAAUCCCAAGUGGUGUUUUCCAUGCUUUGUAAGAUGACAAUGAUGUAUUGUAAAUGGAAUCGUAUUUACCAGCUGGCAACGUGAAGUUUUUGAAAAGGGUAGCGCUCAAGUGAACUCUAUAGUGGCAAAAGCAGGCGUAGACUGUCAUAAGCGCCAAAUCUAGAAUUGCCAUUUUAUUUUACCUUUCAAUAGCCCUUUUUAUUCUACUGUAUCUAUAUGGUUUUGGAAAUUUGUAUUAGUUUGCUAAAUAACCUCACAUGUAUAUAUACUACAUAUAUCUGUGCCAGUUUUGUCUUACUUUCACAAGGACAGUAUAGAAGGUGGUUGGAGAAUAGCAGUUCUGCUCCACUAGUAGUACAGGGGCAGGGCCUUUUUUUGUAAGACCAUUGACUUUGAUGAAAGUUUUUAAUAUUGUGAAUGGAAUAUGUAGAUUAUAUAAUUUAAUGCUCCACUGAAAAGUAACCAUCACCCACUCCAGAACCAAAAGGUGAACGCGUGAAAUGAAAUGUUUCUGUGGGUAGAAUACAUUAAAACAUUCCCAUACACUCAGGUGUAUUGGUGGAUCAGUAGUCAAUGAUUCCUCCUUCAUGUAAAGGGUAUGCAGCAGCAAUAGGCAGAAUUCUGGUUUUGCCACUUUUAUGGACAGUGUUUUGUUUUUUAAUUUGAUUCCAUAACCCAGACCCCAAAACUUGAACUGUUAAAAGCAGCACCCAUUGUACAGGAAAUCACUUUUAAAACUUGCACCUGGCUGCUUGUUGUAGCUUAUAACAGGGGAGGCCAAGUAAUAUGUGAACAUGGCAAUAAAAUCAUUUAAUGAACUGAGCUGCCUGUUUCCUGUACAGGAUUAAAUUACUUAGAACGUUUCCAUAUAGGGAUUGUGCAAUACGGGGGGGGGGGGGGGGGGUUUCAAAUGUUAAGUGUAGUUCACGACUGUCUUUUAAAAAUUAAAAUAAAAAAUGAUUUUCGCUAAAUGGUAUAAUCCUUUAAUAUUUUAAGGUACAGGAGCCAGGCCUGUUUACUAGAUGGAUAUUCACAAUAGAUGGCGCUUUGUGUUUUUACGGUCGUUCUUACUGAGUGUUUCCACAUUUUGAGGAUUGUCAUGAAAAGACUUGUAUGUGUAUGCUAGUUAACAUGUAAUAUUUCCGCAUGUCUCCUGUUCUUUGUACACUUUUGCGCGUGGUUUCUCUGUAAAUAUUGGUGGAUGUCAUGCUAACUAACAACCCUACUUUUCUAACCACUCUACACAAGUUCUGUAAGGACUAGAUUUGGAAGCAUACCGAACAAUUUAUCCCCCUAGUUUGGCCAUAACUGUAGGUUCUGCUGAGAUCUGAAUACAUUCGGAAUAAUGAUACUUUUUGCUCAGCUACCAGUUUGUAUAACUACUGUAUUUGUGUACUUUACAAGGUGUGUAAAUAAUAAAUUCAUAACUUCUA